AUGCAGCCUGGAGGUCCUCCUGCACCCCCACCUCCACCCCCACCACCUCCACCUCCGCUUCCUCCGCCACCACCUCCUCCACCUCCAUCCCUACAUGGCCCGGGUCCAAUUUCAAGGUUGGAGCGCCGGCGCUCCAAGAUGCGCAAUUUCAACUGGGAGACCCUACCCAAACACACAGUUAUAGGAAAGCACAAUAUCUGGACAGCAGAUAAGACUGAUGGGGGAUAUGAGCUGGACACUGAUCAUAUGGAGGAGCUGUUCAGCCACAAGCAGGCCCAGCAGCAAAACAAAGCUCUGAACCGUCAGAGUCUGAGGGGCCUGCCAAGUUCUGCCACAGCAGGGGAAAUGAUUUCUGUCCUCAGCUCCAAGAGGAGCAUGAACAUUGGAAUUUUCCUAAAGCAAUUCAAGCGGCCUAUAAAGGACAUGAUUGAGGAUAUCAAAUCAGGAAAUGGCCUGGGCUUUGGUACUGGAAAACUGCAGGAAUUAUGCAAGAUGCUUCCGGAUGAAGCGGAGGUAAAGCAGCUGGUUAAUUUCAAAGGUGACAUGUCUGCUCUCCCUGAAGCAGAUCAAUUUAUGUUACUGUUGGUCAAGAUCCCCAGCUAUGAAGAGCGUUUGAGCUGUUUGGUGCUGAAGGAGGAAUUUUUUCCCCUUAUGGAUGAAGUAAAAGAAUUCAUCCGUACUUUGACCACUGCUGGAAGGGAGCUGCUAGAUUGCGAUAAUCUUCAUGCUGUCAUUCGCCUGGUCCUUAAGACUGGAAAUUACAUGAAUGCUGGCGGCUAUGCAGGCAAUGCAGUUGGCUUCAAAAUGUCUUCUCUGUUGAAACUAGUGGAUACCAAAGCAAACAAACCUGGAAUGAAUCUUAUGCACUAUGUUGUGAUGCAAGCUCAGAAGGUGGACACAGCACUGCUUAAAUUUCCAGAACAGCUCAAACACAUUGAAGCUGCAGCAAGAAUACAUCAAAGUGACAUUGAAGGGGAGUAUCGAAAGCAAGUAAAGAAAGUGCAAGAUGCCAAUGCAAACACUUUAAAGCAGGAAGACCUAAAGGCACAGAUGGAGGAUUUUCUAAUGGUGGCGGAGGUUUGCUUGAAAGAAGUAGAAACUGAUCUUCAGGAGUUGCAAUCUGUAAGUGACAGUGUGGCACAGUACUUCUGUGAGGACGCCAAGAAUUUUAAACUGGAGGAGUGUUGCUCCAUUUUCAACUCCUUUUGUGAAAGAUUUUUGCGAGCUAUGCAGGAAAACAAAGCUAGAGAGACUGCAGAGGUGAAACGGAGACACAGAGACAGACUGGAAAUUGCAGCCAAGCGGAGAUCCACAGCUACCUGCUCCAGUAGAGAUAAGGAAAUGGAUAGUGUUGCAUUAGAAUCUGUGCUGCAAAACUUUGUCACCAAACGUGGUUCUAGGAGAAGAGCAGAAAAGCCCUCAUCGACUCAUGGAAGCCCAACUAAUGGUAGUCCCAAUAACGGGAGCCUUUCAGAAAUUACUUCUCAGGCAAACCUUCCCCCAGUAAAUCAAAAGAUUCAAGCCUCAAUUAGAGCUAAGGACAUGGGCAGAAAAGAGUGGAGUUCAGCAGUUGAGCUCACUGCGAACUCACGGAACUUGCACAAAGCCCAGUCAGACAUCGAGGACACAAUGGCAGAGAGUGAAAAUUCUCAUGUAGAAGAGAUGAAAACUUCCAAAGAAGAGGACUCUAGAGGACUUAGGAACCCUGCCAAAAGGACUGUUAGCAUUAUGACCGCAAUUAGAUCUUUUGAUGAUAAUGAGGAAGAUCUGCAAGAUAAUAAUGAGGAGGAGGCCCAAAAGCUGCGUGAAGCAUCUAAAAAAGUUUUGCGUUUUCAGAACAGCCGUGGCAGCGUCUCAUCUGGGGACUACUCUCUGGAAAAUCAGAAGUCUCCUCCUCCAAAUGCCCCCAUACGCCGUCAGCUCACAUUUGAUGAGGAAGCGGAUAGGUAUCCUGAUGACCCCAGCAAUGAGGAUUUGCUUCAAGUUUUGCUCAAUCCUCAACCUUCCCCUAAACGUAACCUUGGACGCCGCCAUACGCUGCCUACUAAAGUCCCAAAAACCGAUGCAGGGGAAAGUAAUCGGUGGACUGAACUGCCCGUCAGAACUCCAAAUCACGUGGCACAAGAAAAGGGGACGAUGCCAGAGCGAGAGGGCGCCGGACACCCUCCCUCCAAACCAGUGUUUGAUUAUACUGACAUUUCUCACAACUUAAAACAAUCAGGUGCUCAAGACACAAAUGCCACAUCAGCAGAAAACACAAUCAAGCCACCUGUUUCCUCAGCUCCUGUCAUGCAGCCCACAGACAACGAUGUACAGAUAACUAGUGACACUGUUCCAGCAAGCAGCAAGCCUGUGGUGUUCAAAACUGAGACCACUGGACUAUUUUUUAGUUUUUUAAAACGCAUCGGCGAUAUGAGCAAGCUACAGAGCAGCAAGGACACUGUAAAUAAGCCCACAGGCUCUGGUGUUUAG